CCACCACUCCUCCGUCGCCAGCAUAGCUUUUAGGUUGUCCACGGUUUCUGAUGAGGAGGAAUUCGAUGGCAAUUUUAUCGCCGAGAAGACUGGGGAACUGCUGCUACUACGAAGCCGACGGCAGAUCGGCCUUUGGCGGUACUAGUGCUUCGGCUUCCGGCGACGGUGCUAAUGAUGUCGUUGAUGAGUUCCUCUGGUGCCGCAGCUUCCAAGGACUCUUCUCUCAUAUCGAGGGCAAAGGAACCAAGUUGCAGAGACAAGCUACGAGAAGGAAGAACACCAAGCUGCUCGGAAGAGACUCUCGGUUACGCUCUGUCUCGGCCGAACCCAGGGGUUCUGGAUCCAAACAUCAAGCUUCGCUACACCAACAUGCUCGACGCCCAGCACGACGCAGUCUUUUUGGCGAUGAAAAUGUCAUCGGAUUCCUCCUCGUCAGGAACCAUGGACGACCUAGAUGCUCUGCUGGCGACAGAGGAGUGGUGGACGGAGACCAAUUCGACAUCCAGCUGCUGGCGGUGGAAAAUAAUAAUUAAAAAGAAUUAGGAAUUUCAU